AUGCGUCCAUCCGGGCAGCCGCUUGCCCAGCAGUUACGGCCAGACACAACAGACCCUCUGCCCCCGCCUCCACCUGGCUCUUGCGACAGCAACAAUGAAAAUGACAAGGACAUCGAGAUGACCUCAACGGCUCAACGCAGAAAUGCACGCCACUCGCGCUUCACCCGCCGCCACCUCACCGAUAUGGCGGCCGCAGUGACGUCUUGCCCGCUGCGGGUCGUCGCCCACAUCGAUCUCGAUGCAUACUACGCCCAGUGCGAGAUGCUGCGUCUGGGCGUCGAUGACGACACUCCGCUAGCCGUCCAGCAGUGGCGAAACUUGAUUGCGGUCAACUACCCCGCGCGCGCCUUUGGCAUUGGCCGCAUGGUCACCGCCGUCGAGGCCCGCCGGCUCUGUCCCGGACUCGUUCUCCAGCAUGUGCCGACAUGGAAAGAGGGCGAGACGCAGUGGGCCUAUCACGCCGACGCCGACAAGGCCAUGCAGACGCACAAGGUGUCGCUGGAGCCGUACCGGAUCCGGUCGCGCGAAAUUCUCGCCACGAUCAAGGCCAGCCUGCCGGCGGGCCGCUGCCGUAUCGAAAAAGCUGGCAUCGACGAGGUGUUUAUCGACCUCUCGGCCUGCGUGCACGACGUUCUGGUCCACGAGACGUAUCCAGAGCUGCUGGCCGACGACGGCGACGCCAGCUCCCACGGUCCGGACGACCCACUGCCGCCGCCACCUGCCAUCGCGCUGGACUGGGCAGCCACCGGCAGCGGUGUAAUUCAGCCAGACACCGGAGGCCGUGAAGAGAGGCCAGAGGGAGGUGGUGGAGGUGGUGACGAGAUGGCCCAAAGUGGUGUGGACGACGACCCGCCAGACUGGGACGACGUGGCCAUGCUGGAGGGCGCGCGCAUCGUGCGGGCCGUCCGCAUGGCCAUCUACGACCACCUGCGCUUCCGCUGCUCUGCCGGCAUCGCGUCCAACAAGCUGGUCAGCAAGCUUGGCUCCAGCCAGCACAAGCCCGACCGCCAGACGGUGGUGCGGCCGCGGGCCGUCGGCUCCUUUCUGGAACGGCUGUCGUCGGUCACGCGGCUGCGCGGUCUCGGUGGCAAGCUGGGCGCUCGCGUGGUGGCUGCGUUCGACACGGAGUCGAUUGCCGAGCUACGCACGAUCCCGCUGGCCGAGAUGCAGAGCCGGCUGGCUGGCGGUGGUGCUGGCGAGAGCAUCGACGCCGACACCGCCCGCCACGUCUACGGGAUGCUACGCGGCAUUGACCACGGCGAGGUGACGUCGCGCACGGAGAUCAAGUCGCUCAUCUCGGCCAAGUCGUUCCAGCCGCCGCUGACGUCGCCCGAGCAGGGACGCCGCUGGCUGCGCGUCUUUGCCGCGGAGCUGCGCUGCCGCCUGCUGGACGAGCGGCUGUCGCAGGCACUGCUGGAGGCGGUCUCCGUCGGCAGAGACGCGGACGAGGCCCAGGGCGAGGGAGAGCAACCAGGGACGACGGUGGACACCUCGACUGCCUUGGGCGGCUUCGCUGGCACCACUGGCCCUCCUGGCCCUGGGACUCCUGCCACGUUCGAUGCGGUGGAGACGUGGCCUGGCGAGAGCGACGGCCGAAGUGGCGGUCAGCAGCUAUCGCAAACCAGAAAGGACCAGAUGCAGGUGCAGACGCAGGUGCAGACGCAGACGCAGACGCAGACACAGACGCAGCGGUCCCUACCCCCUCGAUUGCCACAGACGAUACGUCUCCAUCACGGUGCUCUCGGCCACUGGCGGUCACGCCAAAUGCGCAUUCCCCGCGAUGGCUCCCCACUCGACGAGGAGAAGCUGCUGCGUCUGGGCAUCGCCCUGCUCGACCAGGCCCACCGGCAAGAUUCCGUGUGGCCCUGUCCCCACCUGGCCAUGAGCCUCAACGGCUUUGAGGAGCCGCCGGCCCUGGGCAACAAGAGCAUUGCCGCCUUUUUCCGCCUGAAAGCUGCCCCAGAGAUGCAGGGGGACGACGGCCAGGACGGCCAGGACGGCCAGGACGACCGGGACAGGCAAGAUGACCGUGGCAGCACCCUUGACAGCCAAAACGACUGGCCGCUGGCCAAGCGAAGAAGGACGACCCCUGGCGUGUCAGCCAUGUUCGCUGAAGAUGACCCGAGCAGCGAACGGCCUGCAGCCACGUCUUCGGCUGUAUCGGUAAGCGGCAGCGACGCGCAGCGGCACAGCAACGACGAUACGAGCACGAGAACGUUUCGAUGCGACCGCUGCCACGACACGUCGUUUGCCACGGCCAACCAGCUGCAGGAGCACCAGGACUGGCAUGUGGCCCGGACCCUGCAAGCCGAGGAAAGGACUACGCUGACGUCUACGAGCACGAGUACGCGCAGUGCUCGCCAGGCAUCCGGCGGCCGCUCGCGUGGUGUCGUGUCCAAGCGAGCCAAUACGCCCAUCUCGUCCUUCUUCCAGCGGCCGGCGGGAAAGAAGGCAAUGGAAACAGAGAGUACGACGAUGGCGCAGGCCAGCAGACAGACCAGUCGGACCAGCCGGGCACAUGUCUGCUCCCGCUGCUCAGCCGACUUUGAUCACCCUGACAGUCUCCAGGUGCACGAGGACUGGCAUCUCGCCACGGACCUGUCCGGUCGGUGA